GUUCCCCCAAUCUCCAACCCUAAGUUUUUGCCAAUUUCUCCCGCGCUCUCUAUCUGUCCUCUCUUUCCUACAAACUUCCCUCUUUUCCUUUCCUUCUUCCUUUCCUUCUUCCUCUCUUACAAAUCAAUCCUUUGUUCAUUCAGAACGGAAAACCCACAAAAACCCUAAAACUUUCUGUUCUUAGUUCCUUCUUCAUUUAUGGGGAAGUACUUCAAGAAAUCCAAGCUUACUCUCAUGGAACUCUCACCGCACUCCUCUCCCCCACUUCGUACUAGAGCCGCUAAAACCCUUGCCUUACAACGCCUUAACAAAUCUUCCCUUUCUUCUUCUUCUUCUUCUUCUUCUUCUUCUUACUUGCAGCUUCGUAGUCGCCGCCUUCAAAAGCCUCCCAUACUUAGGCAGAAGCUGCACCCGGACGCCGAAUGUUGCAGAGCUCGCUUAAUUCUUCAAUCUUCCUCGGAGAAGAGGAGUCUUGGUCUGGGACAAUCACAGACUGGAAAUGUCUGGGAUGUUGAGGACUGUUCUCGCGAAUUUGGAGGUGAUAAUUGGGGAACUGCAGGAAGAAUACAUAGCAGCGUAGCUAGGGAUUCAAGCACCCACGAAACAUCUCACUCAACAAGAAUGGAAACAAUUUCAAGUUCAACCAAAUCAACUGUAGAGAUGGAGUUGCUUAAAAGUUUCCCUACUGCUAGCGAUAUAGAGGAGUUCUUUGCACACGAAGAGCUAUGGCAUCAAAGAACGUUUGUUCAAAAGUAUAAUUUUGACUUUGCAAGUGAUAGGCCUCUGCAAGGACGAUAUGAAUGGGUGAAAGUGGUUCCUUAAGUAGCAAUGAGCUCAUUUUGGGAGAUCACAGGAUGGGUAGAAGACGAGCAUUGAGGUUUCUGUAGUUGCACAAAGUUAGGCCAUCUCAUACUAACCAGCUUUUAGUUAGACAUUUGGGGGUAAUGGGUAGUAUAUAUAAGCUGACUCACAGCAUCAUCUAUCGUUGUAAUAUGUAAUGUUUUUGUUUACUGUUUCUAUUGUAUAUCUGGUUAGUUUGUUUUGGAAAUUAGUAAAAUAAAUUAUGUUAUUUUAUAGUCUAACUGAAUACUAAAACAUAAUUUCUCUA